GUGAACCUUUAUCUAACAAUUGCGACGGGAGGUUCAUCACCAUCUAAGGAGACAUCACGGACCAUGUCUAAAAGUACACCUCUACACCGUGCCGUCUACCGGGGAGACAUCGAUCAAGUAAAGGAGCUGGUCAGGUCUGGGGCGGACCUCGGUGCAACUAGAAACGGAUGGACACCUCUGAUGGAUGCCAUGCUGUCAGGAGAAGAAGAUGUUGCGGCAUACCUUGCCAAGAAGAUGAGUGUCCAGGACUUGAAUGUGGUGGACAGCAACGGGUUCAAUGUGUUGCAUAUGAUGGUUAUAUGGCGUCGUCCGUGGGCACAUGUUAUACAGGACAUAGUUGAUACCUGUCCUAGUAUGUUACACCAGGAGAAAAGUUCAGGGCGCCGACCGAUAGAUAUUGCAAGACUUGGAUUACCACUAAGUCAGGGUGUUUACGACAUUCUCGAACUUAUGGAGCAGAGACACCAGCAGACACAUCAGCAGAUACAGGAGCAGCAGAGACAGCAGCAACAGAGACAGCAACAGCAGCAGCAGCAGCAGGAGCAAUAUACCUCAGGAAUAGCUGACAAUGUGGAAAACCCUUGUAACAUAACCAUCACUGUCGUUGGUCACCAAGGAGUCGGCAAGUCGUGUUUCGUCCGACAACUCAAACAGGAAAAUAUUCCCGAAUAUGGACCAGGCUCGACGGAUACCGCUGAUCUAUAUGUCAACUAUUUGGGUUACAACCCAAACACCGGGUAUAGACAGACAAUGUAUGGAGAUGGAGAGAUUGAGACGGGUCGUCAGCGACUCAAACGGAUCAUUGAUCGAUACCGUAAAGACGCUGGACAACCGUCUGAAGAUAAGCCAGCUCCACACCAUGACAGAGAAGAAGGGUCCACAAGUUUACCAGAUCAACUCACGGCAACACUAAAUGCACCAACGGUGGGAGCGCCGGUGUUGUCAGCUAGGAAAAAGACUGGUAUCAAAGAGACACUGAAACAAUUCUUCUCGAAGUUAUCAUAUGGUGGACAAGUAAGAGAAGUUCAAGAAGAGGCGAUACUUCAAGCGCAACGUAGAAGACAUUAUUCUUCAUCAGAAGAUAAACACAAGGAAAUACCCCGUGAACAAAGGGACGUUAUAAAGGCGGUAAUGAGCACCGAAAUAGACGUUGACGGUGCUGAAGAGGUGAAGGGCUACGUCACAAUCUAUGACUUUGGAGGGGAGAAGGUGUUCUAUAACACACAUCACUGUUUUAUGUCAAGCAACAUGGUCUUUGUCCUGGUAUUUGACGUGGAUAUGUGUUUGGAUCCGCGCAGACAAAAGGAUGGUUACGAGCGAAUCGAGUUCUGGUUGAGGGCUAUUGCUACCUAUGCUAUCGACAGAGCAGCACACGGUAAAGGAACUCCUCCUGUCAUCCUUGUGGGAUCUCACAUGGACCUUGUUUCUGAAAAUGAGGAAGAACAGGACAGGAUGUUUGCCUCAGUUUUAGAAAAGUUGUACGAGAAACAUGAACUCCGUGAAAUUAUGAACACCCACGUACGGGAUAUGUUCCCAAUUGCCAACCUGAAUGAUUCCACUAAAAAUGCAGAUGUGUACCAGCGGGUGUGGAACAAGAUUAUAGAGAUUGCUCCUCUCCAGUCUCAGUGGAUGAAGCCAGUACCUGCAAGAUGGGUUGCCUUGGAGCACGAGCUGGUGACAAUGAAGCAUACAGGCAGGGUUAUCCUGACAUAUGCCGAUUUGUUAGAAAUCAACAGCAAUUCGACAGUGCCAUUACCAGAAUAUGACAUCGUAAACUUUCUGUGGAAACUGAAGUUCUCCGGAUCUUUCCUGUGCUUUGCUAUUCAUAGCAAGAGACCGUUCGUCGUUCUGCAAGCACAAUGGAUGAUGCAUGCAUUCAGAGCCAUCAUCACUGACCCCAAAUUCACUACCAAACUAACGACGAAGCAGAGACUUCAAUGGUCAGACUAUGAGAAAUCUGGUAUUUUAACAGUAGACUUUAUCAGGGAACUUUGGGGACGGUACAAGAACUCUGGGUUCCUAGAAGAGGAGGAAACUCUCUACAUUGCACUCGAAACCCUUGGUUUACUUUCCAAACCACUAUCUGUAGAUUCGGAGGUGAAUUACUUCGUAGUACCAAGCAUUCUCCGAACUGCAGAUCCCGAGAUUAUUCAAUCAGUGCUUGAUGAUCCUGACACUGUCAUAACUGUCGCUCUUUGCCUUAAAUUCGACAAUCCAUUUAUCCCACAGGCAGUGUGGGACAAGAUGAUUGCCGCUUGUGUCCACAGGUUUCAGCGACUGGAAGAGCCUGGCCUGGAUGGUUCAACGUUCAUUAAGCGCGGAUUUGCCUGUUUGGCUGUGGAUUGCCUGUGGAACAUGAUCAUUAACUGCUGCAAAAAUGUUAUGAAAGUUACUAUGUUCAAAAAGGAUACAGAUAAGUCUGUACCAGCAGGAGCAGGAAUCAACCUUCGUAUAAUCCUUGAACUUCUUCUGGAAAGGAUUCUUAAGUUGAAUCACCAAAGUCAUCUCAGGUAUCAUUUCUACCUUCACAACGAUUAUCGGUUCACAGCAGAUGAGAAGAUGGUGAACGUGAACGAUCUUGGAGAGACGCCACGUCUGCAAUGCUACAGUUCACACGGAUGUAAAUGGAUGGAAAGAGAAGAUCUCUUCAUCUGGUUCAGGGAACCUUACCCGAAGACGAAAAAGACUCAUGAUCGUCUUGUUGGCAUGGCAAAGGAGUUACCGGAUAGACAGCUGUCGCUCAAAGAGAUUGGUAGAGUCUCGAGAUACAUCGGUAAAGCAUACCUGACGUUCUUCACCGAGCUCAACUGUCCGGUCGUCCUUGUGGAGCAGGAGAUGGAAGAGCAUCGCCAUCUGGCCUUUAGAUCCCGUAUGACAAAGAUCUUAAUCCACUUUCUAAAAACGCAGCCGUGUACUGGAUUCCUUGCUAUAGCUAACGCAAUGUCGCGACACGGGAUGGAUCCUUCAAAACUUCAAAAUGUUCUUGACAUCGACAAGAAAACUGUGUUAAAUGACGACACUUUGUUAGGGAAGCAAUUGUCUGUCAGUGAUGUCCGCAUCAUUGCUGAUCGUGUAGACGUCAAAUCAUACUUCAAUCUCUUCCUGGAGCUGGGAUUCACGCCUACAAAACUGGAUGAGUUUGACGACCACUACAGAAACAAGAGCAGUCGAGAGAAGAUCACUGCUUUACUAAAAGAAUUCAUUAAAGAGACCAGGCCACGCCCAACUGUGAAUGAAAUUCUCCUGGCGAUGCAGGAAUGCGACAUGGACACGGAAUCACUCAUCAGGGCACUAAAACCCUCAUAGGUCCUGUUACUCCUGAAGAUACGAUGCUUCAAGAUUAUCCUAGGACUUAAUGUAAACGCCUACCUACCUGGGAAAGAUUGAUGAAUAUUUACCGAACAUGUGUACAGCGAUAACUACAUGAACGUUUUCCUGCAGCUCAGAUUCUCUACAUUUCUUUGGAGGAAAGCAUGCCUUAUCAAAUCACCAACAGACGUCACCCAACGGGCUAUGAUAACUGGUUGCUUCAUUGCAUUGCUAUCAUUGGUUGAGGACUCUGCAAUGGUUUAUUAUGCCAGUGGACUGGCGUGUGUUAUCGCAGAGACGUUAAUCUGCUUUCAUUGCCACAGACUGGUCAUACAAUGAGGUUAUCUUUCUCCACGGAAGUUGUUGGCAAACUGUGCAUCAAAUACAGUUACCAACGGACGGAUACCAGGUCAUUUCAAAAUUACUCAAUCAUUACGUCUUAGUGAAGACAUUAUUUUUAACUAAAUGACAAUUGGCAAUUAAUUACGUGAAUUGAACUCUUAAUACCAAAGACACAAAGGUUGUAUAGAAACGACCUGAUAUGCCUAUUCUAAUAAAUUGUUACUUAUUUAAAAUAUAAUGAUGUAUACAUAUACACUAACUGUAAUAUUGUUAGACGUUGAUUGUGUGUAGGGGCCGCCGUGGCCAAGUGGUGAAGCGUCUGACAUUCUGCUACCGCUAACCCUCUACCAAUUGGUCACGGGUUCGAGACCUACGUGGGGCAGUCACCAGGUACCGCCCGUAGGUCGGUGUUUUUU